AUGGGACGCAAAGCGGCGCCCCAGCCACUGGGCCUGGCGCUGGGCGUGGGCGAGGCCCAGGGCGGCGGCUCCAGCUCCAGAUCCAACGGCGACGCCGCCAACGCCGCCAACGCCGCCAACGCCGCCGCCAGCUCUGCGACGCACGUGGAGGUGCCAGCGUUUGGGGCCUGGGCUUCUCCUUCUCCUGCCAGGUCCAGGUGUCCGGUUUCCCUGCAAGCCCAGCAGCCAUCCCCGCCGCAGCCAUCGCCAUCGCCAUCGCCAUCGCCAUCGCCGUCGCCGUCCCCGUCGUCGCCGUCGUCGCCAUCACAGCCAUCGCUGCGCUUGUUGCACCCCUCAAGGCCCUCACCCACCCUGACCAGUCGCUUCGCCGUUACAAAGAAACCAUCAGCCCAGACGGCAGCCCAGACGGCAGCCCAGACGUCAGCAGCACAGACGGGCAAAGGAGGCAGGCAUACAGACAUCGUGCCUGAUAACGCCGACUUGCCGCCCGCCAGUCGCCCACCGCAGCUGCAGCUACACCAGCAACCAUCCCGCGACAACCUUUCGCCCAGCUGGCCUUCCCCUGCCCUGUCGCCGUACUACGACCAACCUCCAGCGUCUCCGUCACCUGCUUGUCCUCCUCCGCUUCGCAACGCCUCCACGGAAACGAGCCAGCGGCCAGCAACCAAGGGCGGCCUUUUCCACUUCAACAAAUCCGCCUCCAAGGCUUUGAAUCAGCUGCACCGUCCCACCUUGCCCCAUACCGGCUUGCAUGAACACUUGCUUUCCAGGAAUCUUGACGGGAGAUCUGGCCCAGAGUCUGGAGGCUCUCCGUAUGCGCACGAUCCCUCCCAAGGACCUCGCCCUCCGAUUCCCUCACGCUCCGAGUUGUCCUUGUCCUCCUCCGCCGAAUUCGAAAAUACGACAGCCGCCUCGCCAGCGACCAAAAAGAGGAGCAAGUCAAAGUCGUUCGCCCUGCUGAGCCGCAGAAAGUCCAACAGAGACAAAGGCCACAAUACCACCGCGCAGGCUAUUUCGAGACCCCUUCCCGCCGCAUUCAGCCAAUCCGACUACAACGAUUGGCCUGCUCCUCUUCGGACCGCUCCCCUUGCCCAAGACCGAGAGUUUCGAGACAUGAGCUCUAGCACUCGAAACCGAUCGGAGGACCGGGCAGCUGAUCGCGACUGGUCUCGAGACAGGGAGAGGGGUCCCCUGCCGUCGUCCUUGAAAGACAAUGGCUCCUUCUUCAGCGGGCUGAGGAAUUCGUCCACCAAGGCCGCGGAUAUGAUUAGCAAAGGUCUUUUCGGCAAAAACUCUAGGAGCGGAAGUACGACGGAACGGGAACCUCUUGUGGACGACGAACACUACGUUCUGAAAGUUAUCAAUCUACCAUUGGUCGAACAGACACGGAGAACCCGAAUUUCGAGACGGCUGGAGAGUUCCCGGGAUAAAACAGAGUUUUGGAUGCCAGCUUUCCCAUGGCGGGCUAUCGACUACCUCAACUACAAAGGCUGUGACGUGGAAGGAUUAUACAGAGUCCCAGGAAGCGGUCCGCAGAUCAAAAAGUGGCAAAGGAAAUUUGACGAACACCACGACGUCAAUCUAUUGGAACAAGACAACCUAUACGAUAUCAACAUUAUUGGCUCAAUGCUGAAAGCAUGGUUGCGAGAAUUGCCCGACGAAUUGUUCCCUAAAGAGGCGCAAGAUCGAAUAGCUCGAGAGUGCUCAGGGGCCACAGAAGUACCGCAAAUGCUCGUCGACGAGCUCUCCAACUUGUCGCCUUUCAAGUACUACUUGCUCUUUGCCAUUACAUGCCAUCUCAGUCUUCUCCUGGCCCACUCGGACAAGAACAAGAUGGACUUUCGAAAUCUAUGCAUAUGCUUCCAACCUUGCAUGAAAAUAGACGCCUUCUGUUUCAGAUUUCUGGUGUGUGAUUGGAGAAAUUGCUGGAAGGGCUGCAAGAAUGAGGCCAAGUACAUUGAGGAAGAAUACAGGCUGUUUGAUCAACCACCGCCCAAAGGUAUUUCGGAACCCAACGGCCCAUCCCGGAGCGAUGAACAGAACGAUGGCCAACAACGACAUUUGCGCGACAAAAGCAAGCCAUGCAAUCCUGGCAGGGAAGAAAAAUACCGCCAGCACCAGUUCUCCGACUCCAACGCCAGCGUGGCUUCGAAGGAGUCAUCCAUUUCCACCGUGCUCACCACCAAUAGCGAGCGCGAGACUCCCGAGAGAGCGAGAGAUCUCCGUCCCCUAUCGCCCAUCAAACCAUUGUCCCCCAUCGGCUUCUAG